AUGCUGGUCACACAAAAGACCUUUAUCUUUAUCAGCUUGACUUCUCCUCCUUAUCUUACACUGAACAAAAAUGGCAGCAAGCCAGUCAUAACACUAGCCAAAAAGAAAGACUUCUCCGAAACUUCAACACCUCAACAACAAAAGUUUCCAAUCAAACUUUCAACUUCACUUCUUCCCAGUGCUGCCAUUGCAGUUUUCGGAUUAGGGUUCAUCGAUGCCGGGUACAGUGGAGACUGGUCAAGAAUUGGAGUGAUUUCAGAAGAGACUGAGGCCUUGUUGAAGGCUGCAGCUUUUGUGGUUGUUCCUCUUUGUAUCUUUCUGAUAGUUUAUCUUUCCAGGGAGCCUGAGAUUGAGGCUUGAGUUUCUGAUAACUGGGAAUUUUUUGAAUAUUUGGAUUUGUAAUUGUAUAUUCUUGUAUGAAUAUGAAUAGCAUCCAAUAUUUUGGUUACAACUAAUGAU